AUGAGUAAGGUUCAAAACCAAGGUAACAAGUUCCGUAUGACCCUCGGUCUUCCAACUGGCGCUGUUCUCAACUGCGCUGACAACUCUGGUGCAAAGAACCUUUACGUCGUCGCCGUCUUCCACAGCGGUGCUCGUCUUAACCGUCUCCCUGCCGCCAGUGCCGGUGACAUGAUCAUGGCUACCGUCAAGAAGGGUAAGCCUGAAUUGCGUAAGAAGGUCAUGCCUGCCGUCGUCGUCCGCCAACGUAAGCCUUGGAGAAGACGUGAUGGUGUUUUCCUCUACUUUGAGGACAACGCCGGUGUCAUCACCAACCCAAAGGGUGAAAUGAAGGGUUCAGCUAUCACUGGUCCCGUCGCAAAGGAAUGCGCUGACUUAUGGCCACGUAUCGCUUCUAACGCUGGUACUGUCGUUUAA